GGCACUUCUUAGUCCGGCCGCAUCAUCAUCUGUGAACUACAUUCGUGACAACUUCGUCCUUUCACUAAUCUUUCUUUCUUCUUAGUUCUGAAUUGUUGUUUCUGAUCCUCUGAUAGCAGAUUUCAGCCGUCCCUAUUCUCGGUCAGAUUGGCACACGACAGGAUGCAUGACCCCUUCUUCGUCCCGGCUUCGAGCUUUGUGUUCGGGGAGACGAUCAAGCCUCUUUGCGAUUACCUCUCUCUACGCAGCCUUCCUUCCCAUAUCCAUGAGAUAUUGUUCGCCUUCGGUGUCUACCACCUCAUCUUCGAGUACAUUGCGCCUCCCUUAUCCAGCCUCUUCCUCUCACACCGAUACUCUAAGCUUUCGUACGAGAGUAAGCUACGAUGGAAUAUGCACUGCGCUUCAAUGGUGUCAAGCUGCACAAUAUGCGCGCUGGCAUUGUGGACGAUUGUCAUGGAUGAUGAACGCAGAAAUAUGAAUCUCAUAGAGCGGUUGUGGGGCUACACGGGAGCAGCAGCCUUAGUACAGGCCUUGGCUACCGGUUAUUUCUUGUUUGACCUGGUUGUCAUGAUCAGAUAUCUCGAUGUCUUCGGGCUAGGUAUGCUAGUGCAUGCCUCAAGCUGUCUCAUCACAUAUACCCUUGGAUUCCGGCCGAUUUUCAACUAUUACGGCUGUGUCUUCAUGCUUUACGAACUUUCUACGCCAUUUCUCAAUAUCCAUUGGUUCUUCGACAAACUUGGUAUGACUGGUACCAAGGCUCAACUCUAUAAUGGCAUUGCUUUGCUUGUGGUAUUCUUUUGCUGCAGGUUGGUUUGGGGGGCAUAUUCUUCGUUCAACAUCUAUCGUGAUGUCUGGAAUGCUUUGCAUUUGACCGAAGCAGCAAAGAUGGGGUCUAAUAAUGAUGAGAUGAUGAGGUUUGCAGGGGACAGAUCACUGCCAAUGUGGCUUGUGGUUCUAUAUAUGAGCGGCCAUGUCACUUUACAAGCCUUGAAUGUCUUCUGGUUUGGCAAGAUGAUCGCAGCUGUUAAGAAGCGAUUCGUUAAGACCGAGAAGAAGUCAUGAGCGAACUAAGCAGAAGGACGCGAGAACGAGGAAGAAUACGUGGAAGCCCGGCAAAGCUGAUCAACCACGAGUUUUAUAGAUGAAUUGAUGUA